AUGCAUCAACCACCACCAAUUCCUGAAGGUGAUGAGGAAACGGAAGGAAUUGUACAAGAUGGUGAAGGAACUCAUUUUCCACGUACGCGUGCACAACCUCAAGUACCACCCAUGCAUGAUUCAACAGCAACUGCUGAAGAAUUACAAACACGUGAAGAUUCAGGUGAAGGCUAUGGAAAAACGCCACAAUUACAAAAUGAAAUGAUUGCUGUUAGUGGUGGUGAACCAACAGAAGCACCACAACAAGCUGAAUAUGUACAAGCAUCAACUAUUGAUAAACCUAUUAUUGAUGAUCAAGCUAUGGAAGGUACACCAAUAGAUUCUGAUGCAGAAAAUGAAAUAAAAGAACGAUCAAAUGAUCAAGAUGGUUUAGGUGCUAUAUCUGAAGAUGAAAAUACACUUGAUGAAUCAAGAUUAGCACACGAUCCAGAUACACAUUUAUCCACAGUUGAGGAAUCUCCUGCAUCACAUGAUCUUUUAGAUGUUCCAGCAAGAGUUGAUAAACAUCCUAGAACAGAUGGAUCGAUGCCUACAACUCCUGAUAAACAACGUCUAUCGACUAAAAGUCCAAGAGAUAUAUCACAUAUAGAAUUUAAAGAUCUAGAUCAUGAAGAUGAUUAUCUUGAAAUAAUACAUCCGGAGCCGGAAAUACAAAUAAGUCGUGAAGAACUUCUUGCUCGUUAUCAAACAGCUGAAGUUGAACGUGAUCGUUUAAGAAGUAUAAAUGUUGCAUUUCAACAACGUUUAGCUGAAUAUUUACAAAAACGAAAAGGUACUGAAGAUAUCCCAACUGUAAAUCAAGGAGCUGAACGUUCAACAACUGAAUUACAACAACGUUAUCAAAAAUAUCUAAGUGAAAUCGAAACUUUACAAGGUCGUAUAGAACGUGAUCAAGUUGAUUAUGAAAAGAAACGAAAUGAAUAUGAACAACAAAUUCAAACAAAAAAAGAACAUGUUGAUGAAUUAAAAGUUGAAUAUGUUAAAUUAGUUAAACAAAUUGCAUCAAAAGCUGUUUUUACUCGUAGUGGAAAAUCUAUUUCUAAUCAGGAUUGGCGUAAACCGCCAAGAAAUUUUUCUGUUGAAGUGGAAAAUUAUUUAACACAAUUAAGAGAAAAAGAAGAAGAUUUAAUUAAAACACGUCAUGAAAAUAUUCGUUUAAAAAAUCAAUUAAAAAAACGUGAAUUACAAUUGAAAUCAAAAGAAGAAUUAGCUGAAGGUUUUCAUAUGAUCGAUUUUGAACAAUUGAAAAUUGAAAAUCAAACUUAUAGUGAAAAAAUUGAAGAACGAAAUGAAGAAUUAUCUAAACUUCGUAAAAAAAUUGGUACAACUGUUCAAAUUCUUAGUCAUAUCAAAGAAAAACUUAAUUAUGUUGGUCAACAACGUGCCAAAGCAGAAAAUUCACUUAAAGAUAAAGAAACUGAAGUAAAACAGAAACGUGAUGAAUUAGCAACAAUAAAACGUCGUCGUGAUCGUUUACGACAAGAAAAUCAAUUAUUAAAACAAAGUUCUGGUCUUAUUGGUAAUGAACAAUUAUUACGUGAUUAUGAAGAACGUUAUGAUGAAAUUGAAAGAUGUACUGACAAACUUGAUAAUUUAAAAAAACGUCAUGCUGAAAUAACUCUUACGUGUAAAGUAUUGAAGAAGAAAAUUUCUAAAGUUCAAUAA